CAACUACGGCACCAAACUGAAGUUUCCGGGUCCCAUUUCCUUCCCUUCUUUAAUCACUUCAUUUCAAUAUUUAAGCAACCAAUAAAAAAAAAAAGAAGAAGAAAGAAAGAAAGAAAGGUAAGAGAAGAAAGCUAUGGCUUGCUUUGUUCCUUUCAACAACAGAAAUUUGGAUGUAACCCUUUUCGUGUUUAGACCGACUGUUGUACUCGUCGAUGAACUUGUUGACUCACUGAAACAGUUCUGUGUAUGCACUGAAACUCUUGGUUGUGUUCAAAGUUCUAUAUUCAAGAGCAUCCAUGGUAAUCUGAUCAUAUGGUAUGGAGGAUGGAUGAAGAAAGCUACUGAAAACAAAGAAGUUUUGACUGCAACCCUUCUAUCAAUGUUAGCAAGCAUGUCAAGCAUGGCUGUUCUAAUUGAACAUAGCUUCUUUGAUGCAUACGCCGGAGAAUCAAAAGAUGGGUCCAAUGCUGCCAAGUACUCCACAGGUGACAUAGUCUCCAUGAAUGUGAUCGCAUCUUCUAGCAGUGACAUAAAUGAUGUCUCCUACGCCAACUUAGCCUUAUUCAAGUCGCGUUUCUUGAAGAUGGAAGGGGCAACAGCAGGAGUUUGCUUGAAAUGCCAAAGCAUGCCAAUGGUAGCAUGCCUUUACGUGUGGAAAUCUCUUCUACUAUGUUACUCAUGGAUCCUUGCCUCGGAUUAUAGGAAAACAAUGCUGCCCUACCUUGAGCGUUUUUCCCUCAGUGUCAAGUACGACAUUUUCUGGGUUGUCUAUGUUAGCAGUGAAAAUGUACACAACUAUCAGAUUCCCCCUCAUCAUCAUGUACUAGAAAAUAGAGGAGAAACCACGAAUGAAGGACGAAUCAUAUGAGAUUAAACAAGAAUGUCCUUUGGCAAUUUUGCAUAAACUUUUCGCUGAUGUAAAAAAUUCGUUGCAUAUACCACCAUUAGUAGUAUACUCGAAGGGAUUGAGUACUGCUAGUUAUAGUUAGAUUAUAUAUA